GGCAGCAGUGGCGGCGGCGGCGGCAUCCCUCCGCGGCUGCUCCCCUCCGCGGCUGGCGGCGAGGGCGAGGGCGAGGCCGGCCGUGCUGGCCACGGGAUGAGGAAGAGGGCCGAGCCUGUCGCUCUGGAGCAUGAGCGCCGCGCCGUCUCGGGCUCGCCCUCCGCCGGCUCGGCCGCCUCGGCGCUGGACGCCGACUGCCGCCUGAAGCAGAACCUGUGCCUAGCGGGCCCCGGGCCGGCUGAGCCGCGCUGCGCCUCCGACGCGGGCAUGAAGCGAGCGCUGGGCAGACGAAAGGGCCUGUGCUUCCGGCUAAGGAAGAUACUCCUCUGUGUCCUGGGGUUGUAUGUGGCCAUUCCAUUUCUUAUCAAACUAUGUCCUGCGAUACAGGCCAAACUGAUUUUCUUGAAUUUUGUGCGGGUUCCCUAUUUCAUUGAUUUGAAAAAACCGCAGGAUCAAGGUUUGAAUCACACCUGUAAUUACUACCUCCAUCCAGAGGAAGGCGUGACCAUUGGAGUCUGGCACACCGUACCGGCUGUCUGGUGGAAGAAUGCCCAAGGGAAGGACCAGAUCUGGUAUGAGGAUGCCUUGGCUUCCAGCCGCCCUAUUAUCCUGUACCUGCACGGGAACGCAGGCACCAGAGGAGGCGACCACCGGGUGGAGCUCUACAAGGUGCUGAGUUCCCUUGGCUACCAUGUGGUCACCUUUGACUACAGAGGUUGGGGUGACUCCGUGGGAACGCCAUCAGAGCGGGGCAUGACGUAUGAUGCACUCCAUGUCUUUGACUGGAUCAAAGCGCGAAGUGGCGACAACCCUGUAUAUAUUUGGGGCCAUUCCCUUGGCACUGGAGUGGCCACCAACCUGGUGCGGCGCCUGUGUGAGCGAGAGACACCUCCAGAUGCCCUCAUACUGGAGUCUCCAUUCACGAACAUCCGUGAAGAAGCUAAGAGCCAUCCAUUCUCAGUGAUCUAUCGCUACUUUCCUGGGUUUGACUGGUUCUUCCUCGAUCCCAUCACCAGCAGUGGAAUUCAGUUUGCAAAUGAUGAAAACGUGAAGCACAUCUCCUGCUCUCUGCUUAUCCUACAUGCCGAGGACGACCCGGUCGUGCCCUUCCAGCUUGGCAGAAAGCUCUACAGUAUUGCUGCGCCAUCCCGAAGCUUCCGAGACUUCAAGGUUCAGUUCAUCCCCUUCCACUCGGACCUCGGCUACAGGCACAAGUACAUCUACAAGAGUCCCGAGCUCCCCCGGAUCCUGAGGGAAUUCCUGGGGAAGUCGGAACCUGCUGCCUGAAGGAGCAUGAAGAUCUCUGCCCUCACCCCCGGUCCUCCAGCCAGCCCGGCACCCCAGAGAUGCACCUGAGAGAGGACUUGGAUGCCAGGGGACAGCAGAGGUGCCUGCCUGCCCCAGGUGGCUGGGAGCACGGAUCUCUGUGGACAGCAUGGGUGGCGGGCACGUGGCCCUCUCUCCCUCUUGCUGCCACCUGACUUGAGGUCUUGUUGGGAAGACCGUCACAGAACAGUCUGGCCAUCAGUUAGUUGAUCCCAUACCUCCUGAGCCAGGCCUGGGGAGCCUGUGGCCGGAGGCGUGGGGUCUCGGGACCACACUGAGCUUUUUGGCACCACUCUCAAGAAUGUGGGGAAACUUGGUUCUUUUUGUCCCUUCCCAGCACACAUGGAAUGGACUCUAGUGGUUCCACCAGCCUCUCCCGCCUUGUGCACCCCGCUUGCCUUCCUUGGGGUCCCUGUCUCCCUGGGUGGCCCCACUGCUCCCAGCGGGGGAGGUGCCCUGACCAGCCUUCCUCCCAUUUCCACCCACCUCUGCCUAACCUGGCCUUAGACUGAGCGUUUAUUUAAGAAUAAAAUCGUGGUGGUGGUC